AUGAACUUUCGCCCCAUCUUAAGUUUUUUAGAGGAGGACAAGAUCGGAACCAUCCAGCCCCACGACGAUGCGCUGCUGUUCACCCUCAAAAUCAGGGACUACGAUAUGAAAAGAGUGAUGGUGGAUGGCGGCAGUGCGGCCGAGGUUAUGUACCCCGACCUCUACAAGGGGCUGGAGUUAAAACCAGAAGAUUUGAUGCCCUAUAACUCUCCUCUGAUGAGCUUCGACAGGAAGCUUGUCAUUCCAAAGGGCAUGAUUAGGCUGCCCAUUCAGAUCGGCCCAGAGAUAAUGGAGGUGAACUUCAUUGUGGUGGACACCUACUCUCCCUAUACAGCCAUCGUCGGCAGGCCUUGGCUCCAUACCUUAGGGGCUGUUGCCUCCUCAUUGCAUCGGAAUGUUAAAUUCCCGUCGGGGGACCAAGUUCUUGAAAUCCGGGAUGCCUGCGAUGCCCCCAAGAUUGACCUAGCCUUCAUCUGUCAUCACAUCAAUGUUAACCCGACCAUCACACCCAAGAAGCAACCACUGCGUCGCCCGUCAAGAGAGCCUGCCGACGCAAUUAGGGAUGAAGUGGCGAAGCUUAAGUGUGCUAGGGCAAUCAAAGAGGUCUUUUACCCCAAAUGGCUGGCCAAUACCGUGGUGGUCAAAAAGAAAAGUGCGGGCCAUCCUCGGAUGAGCUUCUUAGAUGCCUUUCAAGGCUACCAUCAAAUACCGUUAGCACCAAAGGAUCAGGAGAAAACAGUCUUCGUGACACCAACUGGAAAUUACCACUAUAAGGUAAUGUCGUUUGGUCUGAAUAACGCAAGAUCCACUUAUCAAAGGAUGAUGACAAGAAUGUUCGAACCACAGUUGGGCAAGAAUUUCGAAAUCUAUGUCGAUGAUAUGGUAGUGAAGAGUAAAGUGGUAUCCGAGCAUUUAGGGGACCUCAGCAGCACCUUUGGUGUCUUGAGGAAGCAUAAGCUGCGCCUGAAUGCUUCCAAGUGCUCAUUUGGCGUGGGAUCAGGCAAGUUUUUGGGCUACAUGGUUACUCAUAGGGGAAUUGAGGCUAACCCCAACUAG